CAAGGAAUCUGGAUAGCUGAUCGGCGCAUGCAGCCUCGUUCCCUCGGCAAACGGAAAGGGACUGUCUGCCGCAAGGCACUAUCAACUUGCUUAUACAAGACUCACAGGCAACAUGAACUGGCUCAACGCUCUUGUCAACGAGUAUGACGCAAAGCCGCUGCAGAAGGCGGGCAUGCUCACAAAGGACCAGCUGGCCCAGUUCUUCGCGGAGUCCGCCAAACAAUUCAGUAACCCGGAGUUUAAGCAGCUGCUGAGCGUGGCGCACUCGCAGCGCGGCCCGGGCACGUCUGAGGAGAUGGUGAACGGAAUGCAGAAGCAGAUCUUUGAGAGCAUGGGCAUCCAGGGGGAUUUCGGCCUCAAAUGCCUGUCGCGCGUGCACCCCGAGUACGGCAGCGACGCCUUCUUCAUGCGCCAGUUCUACGAGCACGUGCAAAAGGAGGAGAUGGUGCUGGACGAGGCGGAGAUGCCCGAGUCCAUGUUCCGCUCCAAGUACGAGACGCUCAAUCGCUUCCGGGCGGAGAUGGUGUCGCGGAUGGAGAAGAUGAAGGGCAUGUCGCCGCAGGACCAAAACGCCUACCUGGCCAACAUGUACCGCGAGAUGAUCGCUCAGGGCGGCGAGGACUGCUGCACGCGGCCAGGCGGCUGCAACUCCCAGCCGGGCGGCGCCGAAGCGUGUCAGAAGAAGGGCAAUGCUGCGGGCGCGCCCAUGCAAGCGCCGGGCGGCAUCGCCGUGCCGCUGCCGGUGUCCGGCGUGGCGCCGCCCAGCAGCGCGGCCAUGACGCAAGACGAGCAGCUGGCGUUUUUCUCACAGCUCAGCGGGCCAGCAGCGCCCAAGUAAGAAUGACGUUGGAGGGUAGAAUGAUGGUCACGGGAGUGGGCGGGUUCGAAUGUUGGAUACAAUGGGGGAGCGGGCUGGCGGCGGCGGUGGAAUGGGUAAGCCGGGGGAGGUCGUGGCAGCAAAGGCGUGAUUACGGAUGGUCGUGUGAGUACGCCCACGCGUUGGCGGGAAGGAGCCUGCGGCAGCGGGGCCCAGAGGCGGCGGUGCGGGGCAUGGGGUGUGGUGCGUGUGUAUAGCGGGUAUGCCGUCUAUGAACGACGGGGGGCGGUGACUGGGCCUUGUGGAGCCGCCUGGCGCAAAACGUGGCGCCGGUACGCCGGGGGGGCACUAGCAUGGGAGCCCAGCAGGACCUACCUGAGGGCCGCCCCUGGCAUAAGGGGGUUCGACCGUGGGGUUCGACGCGGAGCGGCGCCGUGACGUAGUGCAUUGCUUGCUGGUCGACCACGAUUUGGGUGAUGACUUUUAGAGGAGCAGGACUUGACUGAGUAAUGGGCCUUCAUACCUCGUCAGACCGGUCACUUGCGGGUGCUGGUGGGUAGCUGACGAAAUGCUGCAGUCCUGGCUGCCAUCGUAAUACAGAACUGUUGGGUGUGCUACGGUUGAGCUCCUUGGUGGUUCGUGCCCUGCUGUCGCAACGAUGUAACGUGUUAGCAAUCGGUGAUCGACUGGAAUCGACGCUCGUUGCUAACAUACGGUACAUGGACUAAGCUGCGUU